AGCCCACAUUGAUGGAAGGGUGAAGAAAACUUGGUUAUUUUUGCAUCCUCUCUCUCUUCCGCUUUCGUUAUCUUCCGCUGGGUUUCUCUCCCUUCUCGGCUGGAGAAAGACGGAAUGGGGGGCGGGAAGGAAGGGGAGACAACCGAGAGCGUGGUCCCGAGAGCCGCCAUGGAGUCCCUGAGAGAAACCCUAGCCUCCACGGAGGAGCUGAGCGCCAAUCUCCUCCAGUUUCUCUCCAUGGCCGACCCCGAUGUCCUCGCCGAGCUGCCCCCUCUCCACCGAGCCCGAGCCUUCCUCCUUCUCGCCAAGGCCUCCUCCACCCUCUUCGCCGUGCGGUUGAGAUGUAGUGGAAUUCACCCCGAUGAUCACCCCGUUACGAAAGAAUUUGAGAGAUUGAGCUUGUAUGAAGAGAAAUUGGAGCGGUUUGAUGACUGGAGCAAAGCACCGUUGCGGCCUUCAACUAAGUUGAAUUAUCAGGCGGCAACCCGUUUCAUUGGGCAUUCAUUGCCGGAUUUGACUCCAGAACAGAGGAAAAGUAUGCGGGACAUUAGUCGAGGGGAUGGUGUUAGGAGUAGGGCUUCCGAGAAGCAUAGAGCAAAGAAGAAGAGGAAAUAUCAGUCAUCAGAAAAACCAUCUGCACGUGCUGCUGCUCAAGAAUUUCUCGAGAAAGCAGCACGUGAGCUUCUCAGCUCUGCUGAUUGUGGGGUGAAGGGACCUCUGCAGAACAUCUCAGAUGAAGAUGAUGAAUAGAUAUUGCUUUGACAUACCUUGCCUUUUCAGCAACUGGUCAGCUACCUGGAAGAGUUAAUCUACAAUCAAGCAACAAAGAGCACCUUUCUUUUUACAAGUCCACAUUUUUGUCGACUUUUAUUUUUCUAGAUAUGCCAGUCCAAAGUCAUAGAUUCUAAUGUUAUAUUUUGGCUAAAGAUUUUCUGCACAUGGAAUUUGCUAGAAUAUUGUCAUGCAGAUAUAAAUCAGGAUUUGUCUUCGACACAGGAUUGUUUCUUUACUCAUGAAUCAGUAUUCAACUACAGCUGAAUGAACUCCUCUGGUUCUAUUUUGUUGUGAGGAAUUUGAAGAACAUUGCUUCUUUCAUCUGCAACUUAAAUGCUGGAAUAUUGUCAUUGUCAAUCCUAAUCUCGUGAUUUCAUUCCUUUCACGACAUUGGGGGCAUCAAUUCAUUUUGCGGGAGAGCCGGUUGAGGCAAGGUGACCGAAAGCUAAAUUGGAAGGCCAUUGAUGUUUGUGAUCUUAAAAUUUGUGGAAUACCACGCUACUGCUUAUUAACAACAUUUUAAAUGGAUUGCCAUAUACCGUACAUUUGAAA